UUUAAUUUUUGCGACUGUGUUUGCGCAAAAAACAGAUUGAAUGGUGGAUUAAAUACGUGCCGUGGGCUUGAAUUUGAAUUAGCUUACAAUGUUUACAUUUUUACACCGCACUUCAAGAGCAGCUUAAAUAAAGCGACCUUUAAAGGAGUCUGUGUUCGAAGCCUUUUAAAACUUCUAUUGUUGCUCAUUGUUCGCCAGGACAGUGUUACCUUUACCACCCAGCAGCCCCAUACUCACUGUAUUGAUAUAUUGACUACAAGCACAACGGUCAACACUGUCAAGAAUUGAAAAGAAUCCACUUACAUUAUUGUGCGCGUGGCAGCCAAAACAAAAGGGUCGAACUAUUCAUGUAUAGUGGGUUACUUGAUAUGCUGUCAAUGAUAACAGACAGGGAAGGAAUGAAGAGAUGUUUCUGCACGAAAAUAGCAAUCUACGGCAUGGCAGCCGCGUGUUUUGGUUCGUUUGGUGACUACAAGUACAUUAAACCACAGCCUGUUACGUCAGCUGAAACGGUCUGGGUGUCAAGGCCAUACGAUCCAUUAGACUCGCGAGAUUCGGCUCCAGUACCGCGACAUAAAACAUUGGAUUCUCCGAGACCUGUACACGACCUUCCAAAAGAAUGGUUGCCCCUCCGAGAACGUUCACUACGUGAAACUUCAAGGAGGUCGGAAGAGAAGCAUAUUUACCCCUCACUCCGCACCACUAGGUGUGAAGAUUGGUCAACUUUGAGGGAAAUGCUUCCAUCUCGCGGACGUCCGAUGAGGAUCGAACAUCCAAAGUGGGGUACGGGUUUAGGGGGAUCACCUGUAAUGACGGUUGAACAAGAUAAGAGAAACCCGAUUAUCACGAGCGCAAUGUCAAGAUUUGUGGACGAAAUGCAUCUCACACACCGGCAGUUCAAGAUGUAUUGAAAGCACUUAAUAGUUUAUAAUAACGUUUUGUUUUGUAUUUAACCUGUUUGAAGAAAUACAGCAGUUGCGAUGAUAA